AAGAGAGAGACCAGCUACAGACCAGCAGUAACACCCUGACUAAAGAGAGAGACCAGCAACAGAAAGAGAAAAAUGAUCUCAUGAGAAAGUUCUCUAAUCUGAAACAAACCUGCCCUAAAGACUGGAAGAAGUUUGAAUCCAGUUGGUACUUCCUGUCUACUGAGACUAAAACCUGGGGGGAGAGCAAAGAUGACUGUCUGGAGAGAGGAGCAGACCUGGUGAUCAUCAACAGUGAUAAGGAACAGGAGUUUCUCUUCCACCUCAACAAGGGUUUCUGGAUUGGUCUGACUGACACUGUUACUGAGGGGACCUGGAAAUGGGUGGAUCGGCAACCCACUGACCACCCCAAAGUACUGGGGGAGUGGACAGCCUAAUGGUGGUGGAGUGGAGAACUGUGUGUUGUUAACUCACAGUUCAUCAGACCAAGGACCAUGGCAUGACUAUCCGUGUUCAUUUAACCAUUCCUGGAUCUGUGAGAUAUAGUUCUUUCUCACUUUUAGUUAUGAUGUUGAUUGUCAUGCUGAAAGUCAUGAUACCAGCUACAGGGCCUUCAGAAAGUAUUCACUGCCUAGACCUUUUCCACAU